AUGGAAUAGAAGGACUGUACAAAAAAUAUAGUCAUGAAACUUUGGAUAUGAAACAUGUACCUCCUGAGUUAUUUGGAACUCUUUUGAUAGGCAAAUUAGUUGUAAAAUCUGCCAAUUUGGCUCCUCAUUAGACCCACAAGCUAAAACAUAUCUAAGCCUUGAGACUUGUAUUUUUUUUCUUGCCACAUCAAGGCUGAGUUUUUUAAACAAUUUUGGUGUUUACCCACAUCCUUACUAAACAAAGUAAUUUACUGGCGACAGGUCAAGAUUCACCCCCUUCCUCCAGUUUUAAAUAUUUUUUACUCUAAUUCAGAGGCAAAUCCACCAAAUGGAAUGGUUUAUUAUAAUACUUUGUUCAAAAUGGAUGAUUUUAAUGUCACGUUGAAUCACAAUAUAACACUAACAUUCAUUUGACAAUAACCAGUUUUUAACAAAUAUAUCAAUUCCAAGGGCAAGAAUACAUAACUCCCAUAGAUGAAUGCAAUACUGAAGAUGCCUCUUUUAAAUACAGUAAAUGGAUAUGCUUGAAAUGUGACACUGGGUUUUCAAACAAGACCUCACUAUCUACCCACCAAAUGAUCGACCACCUGAGCUGCAAAGACCAUUAUGUGGCUUAUUUGUCAGAAUCCAGGCCUAACUUAUUCGAAAGCCUUCUAGCGUUUCUCGUCCAAAACGCGAAAACGUCACCAGACGGUAUCGUGAGAUUACCCGCCAAGGCCAAAAAGUGUAUUUACGACAGUUACUUAACGAGCGAAUAUCAUGAAUUGGGACUCUCUUUCCUAUCCGGUAAUAGCGAUCAGGAAACUAACGGAGAUGGGGAAGAAGGAGAAGGAGUCAAGAAUUCCAUCACUUAUUGGAAGGACAAAAUGCCGAGGAAGUUCAAGGAUCAGCCAAUCCUCGACACCGUGGCAGACAUCUUGGAAAAGUAUCGAGCUUUACCUCCAAUCGUUCCUCAGUCUACUUCGCAACACAAUGAAACGCCUUCUCGCCCUACACCCUCUUCCAUGUUUUCUUUUGAUUCCGCGUCUAGCACUCGAUCCGCCCUCGAAUCCGCGUAUAGUUUGAACCACGUUUUAGGGGAGAGCAUAAUGUCCAUGCGCAAAAAUUUAAAGAAUGAAACAAGGAUAACGAGUCGUUUAAAAGGAAACUACGAAAAGUUAGCGGAGCUAUUGACCAGCUUGCUAAACGAAAAGAGUCUCCAAGUUUUUUUUGGGAAAAGGAUACAGGCAUCCAUGGACAAUAAGCAGAUCUCCGCCCUCAACAAAUCGACCUCAUCGACAACGGCCACUGAGCAAAGCCUUAAGCCUUCAUCAGCCCCCGAAAAUAUCUCUGCUUCAACGUCCAUCACCUCAAACGCUCCCUCCUUGCUACAAAGGUAUAUGAAAUUCGAGAUGCUCAAAAAACGUGCCAAAAAGGACAAAUUAGAACGUUUGCUAAACAAAUCACUCGAAGAAGGAAAUAUAGCUAAAAUUGGACAGGGCAGUUCUAACAGCAAGAAAAACAAGAAACUACGCACCGAAGAAGAAUCAUCCAAAUUGAUGCCUAAAGAAAUUCAGGACAAUACGAUUAAUAGUACCGGCGAUUCUGAAUCCAAAUUUACUGAAGAUAACCAGGCCAAUGUCGUGACUGACUCUAAAGAAUUAUCUAAAGUGGAUAGAAGGCAAGACUCGCCUCAUCUUGUGCCACACAGAUCCACAGAAUCUCCUCACAAAUCUCCCUCUUCAUCAUCCUCUUCAUCAACAUCUUCUAACAAAUCCUCCCGAAGCUCUUCCAAAACUACUUCGAAAGGUUCCAGGAACUCCAUAAAUUAUGGCGCUUCUCCAAAAUACGAACAUUACGAGACAGAUAACAAAUAUGAAACGGUUCAAAAUAAUUUUAAACAGUUUGACCAACAAAACGCUCUUAUGAGGAUGAUGAUGAUGUCCCAACUUGGCAAUGAUCCAGACACUACCUCCGCUGUUCUGCAAAAAUUAUUGCUCGGGUUAGUUUCACAAAACCCAUCGUUUGUUGCUCCUUCUUUCUUUGAUCAUCCCUCCUUGAAUGACUCUAACAAUUUUAUUCCCAGUGAUUUCGGCUAUCAGAAUAGUGGGAUGGCAGCAUUCGGCAAUGUAUAUGAUCUUACAAAUAGAUUUCCCAGCCAACCCAACGUUUUCACCCCCACCACAAAUAACCUUGAUAAUUUUAAUCGAAAUUAUUAUAACAACGCCAAUACUUUAAAUGAUACUCCUCAAUUUAAUAAUAACGAUGUCAAUAGGUACACACAGCAGAGAGACACCGAAAAGUAUGAGAUUGAUGAAAGAGAUUUUGUGUACGACGAUCAGAACGAAAAUAUUUCGCCAUUCGGGUACGACUACGACAACGACUAUGACGGACCUUCGAUUCACUCUCCACAAUACGUGUACAGUGACAGAGUGGGUGGGUUUGUGCAGAUCGAUGAUGAAUCCUAUUGCCUUAUGGAUGAAUUAUACAAUGACGUCAGAAGAACUAAUAAAAGGCAAUGAUUUUUAUCAAAACUAUUUUUAGAUUAUGUUUUAAAGAUUAAAUUGAUUAAAGAUAGAAUUGGCUACCGUUUUUAACGCGAUUUGUUUAACUAUGUAUAUCGUUUAGCCAAUCAUAUUUAUAAUUUAUUUUAUACAUUUAUAUAUAAUAAAUAUGCUAAUUU